CGUAAGAAGACACUGACUCUCUCUCGCGCUCUCGCACACGCACACACGAGUGCGUGGGUGGAGUCAGGAGGACUCGAAUGUCGCGUGAGCACACGCACGCACGCACGCACACACAUACUCACGCACACACAGCGAGAGUCAGCCGAGUCGCCAGGACAUGAAGAUAUGAACGCACGAAGCCGAGAAGAUAUGAAGACAUGAAGACAUGGACUUGCUAGUGUGCGCGGUGUUCGUUGUAUUUGUGAGCGUCUCUCCCGUCAGCACUCGCAGCACAGAUUCCCUCCAUGAAGUUUUGUCCGAGUUCAGCGUGGUUCGCCCAGUCAGAACCGACUCGCUGGGCCGCUUCCUGUCGGUGUCGCUCUCUGCCCAGUCCCCGCCGCCGCCGCCGCGCAGCAAAAGACAGGCCCCCUGGAGCGAGACACCAUGGACUUCGGACUCGGAGCUCUUCUACAACGUGACUGUGUUUGGACAGGAGAUGCACCUGCGGCUGCGUGCCAACCUCCGCCUGCUGGCCCCGCACGCCACCAUGGAGUGGUGGCAGGAGUCGGAACCAAAGCGCUCGGAGCCAAUCGGGGACACGGGCUGCCUCUAUACGGGGGGCGUGUCCAACAUGGAGGACACGAGCGUUGCCCUUAGCAACUGCGACGGACUGGCCGGGGUGAUUCGAACGAGGGAAGCGGACUUUUUCAUUGAGCCCCUGUAUCGCGGGGGGCCGGCAGGCCAGGGCCGACUUGACGACGGGGAAGGAGGACGACCGCACAUCGUUUACCCCUCGUCCGCUAUCGUCAAGUCCGAACGACGGGGCGUCCUUCAAAGCGCUGACUUCCAGCGAGGACCUCUCUUAGGUUUCCCGGAUCUACCGAGGUCCGAGUCUGCCUCAGGCUGGCGGCAGCAGCAGCGGCGGCGGCGGCGGCGGCGCUACAUCAAAGAGGCAGAUAUUUUCAACAUAGAGGUCCUGCUCGCCGUAGAUUAUUCUGUACUUCUUUUCCACGGACAACAACAGGUCCAGAAAUAUCUCCUCACCUUCAUGAACAUCGUUAACGAGAUCUAUCAAGACCAGUCUCUCGGUGCCAACAUCAACGUUGUUCUGGUGCGAAUCGUCAUGCUGUCUCCGUCCAAGUCCCAGGAGCUCAUCUCGGUGGGCAAUGCCCAGAAAAGCCUGGAGAACGUAUGCGGCUGGUCUUAUAUCCAGCAGAGGGAGCAAAACCCCAACCAGCAGCAUGACCACCUGGUCUACCUGAGCAGACGGGAGUUUGGACCCUCCGGCAUGCUAGGCUACGCUCCUGUCACAGGGAUGUGCAAGAUGCACCAGAGCUGCGUUCUGGUCUUCGAGGACGGUUUCUCGUCAGCUUUCGUGGCAGCGCAUGAAAUCGGACACGUGUUGGGAAUGGAGCACGACGGUGAAGCCAACGAGUGCGACGACGACGUGUCCGUGGGCAGCAUCAUGUCGCCGCAAGUGGAGGCCACGUUCUACCGCUACCACUGGUCCAGAUGCAGCUGGAGCGAGCUGCACAAGUACCUGCAUACGUACGACUGUCUCCGAGACGACCCGUUCAGCCCUGAUUGGCCGACUCCGCCACUUUUGCCAGGGUUCGAGUACUCCAUGGAGCAGCAGUGCAACUUUGAUUUUGGUCCAGGAUACGGAAGUUGCACCGCUUAUCCCAACCCUCAGCCUUGCCAGCAGCUGUGGUGCAGCGACUACAACCAUCCUUUGUUCUGCAGAUCCACGAAAGGUCCGCCUCUGGACGGGACGCCGUGCGGACCCGGCAUGCACUGCUUCAAAGGCUUCUGCAUCACACUGACGGCUAACCUCCUGAGACAAGACGGCGGCUGGAGCUCGUGGAGCGCCUACACCGGCUGCUCCAGGACCUGCGCGGGCGGCGUCCGGAUCCGCUCCAGGACCUGCGAUAGUCCAACGCCGGCCAACGGGGGGCGAGCCUGCUUUGGAAAUACUUUUGAGUUCCAACUGUGCAACCAACAAAAGCAGUGUCCGCCCACGACUGACUUCAGGGCGGAGCAGUGUAGCGCCUGGGACCACGCUUUGGAAUACCAGGGAAAAAAACAUCACUGGCUGCCUGUGGAACACAGCGACCCUGACGAGCGAUGCAACCUCUUCUGUCGCUCCAACGAGACGGGGGCCCUGGUUUCCAUGAAGAGAGCCGUGCACGACGGGACGCUGUGCUCCUACGACGACGCCUACAGCGUGUGCGUCCGAGGAGAGUGUGAGCACGUCGGUUGUGACGGCGAGAUCGCGUCGGACCGCCAGGAGGACCGCUGCGGCGUGUGCGGUGGAGAUCGCUCCACUUGUCGUGUGAUCAAGGGAAACUUCAGUCGCAGCGCCAACAAAACAGGUUACCUGAAGAUCCUGGAGAUUCCUCGAGGAGCGCGACACCUCCUGGUGCAAGAGUUCAGGAGGACCCCUCACGUCCUCGCGCUCAAGAACCAGGAGAGUGGUCGCCUGUUCCUGAACGGCGAGGGCGCCGAGCCGACGUCCCGCACGCUGGUGGAGAUGGCCGUGGCCUGGCAGUACACGCACAGCGCGGUGCAGGAGGCGGUGCGGACCGAGGGCCCCCUCAAGUACGGCGUGGUCAUCCUGCUCCGUUCCCAUGGCGACGCCAAGGUGACGGUGUCUUACAAGUUUGUGAUCCAGGACCACCUGCGCUCUUCGCUGGAGUCCAACCUGGUGCAGGAGGACGCCAUCUUUUACGAGUGGGCGCUCAAGCAGUGGUCUGUGUGCUCCAAGUCGUGCGGCGGAGGGAAACAGUACACCCGCUUCGGAUGCCGACGGAAGGCCGACGGGGUGAUGGUUCAGAGAACCUUCUGCUCCAACAUCAGCAAGCCGAGAGCUAUCACACGCAGUUGCAACCUCGACGUCUGCAGCCCGCCACGUUGGAUGACCGGCGGCUGGGAGGCAUGCAGCGCCUCCUGUGGCCAAAGCGGGUGGCAGCGUCGCUGGGUGGGCUGCCAGCUGGUCUCCGUCGGCGGGCGGCGGCUUUCCGUCAACAGCGAACUCUGCCAGGACAGCCGGCCGGACGCCAAGCGGCCCUGCAACCGCUUCUUGUGCCCAGCGGUGUGGCGGGCCGGGCCCUGGACGCCGUGUUCCGUCAUCUGCGGCAACGGCACGCAGGAGCGUCGGGUGGCCUGCGUGCGGCCCGAGGGCUCUCCGGAAGGUUCUCCGGAAGCCUCUCCGGAAGGCUCUUCGGGGGACUGUGGCAGCCUGGUCCCGCCCAUUGCGAACCGCACAUGUCGUGCGCCACCCUGUGGCGGUGACCCGAAGAGCUUCAUGGUCCAGUGGUUGUCCAGAUCCAAUACGGCCGGCGCGCCGGCUAAGACCGCCUCAAGGCAGCGUUGCCGUGGCGACCGGUCGGCGUUUUGUCGCAUGGAGUCGCUCAGUCGCUACUGUGCCAACGUGGCCUACAGACAAAUGUGCUGCAAGUCCUGCAGCAACUUCAGCUUGCCCACCUCAGUGACGCCACAGCCAAGCCCCUCCCCCACCAGCAGUGCUUGGACCAUGACUCCGUCCCCCAGCACCACCGACUUUAUUUACGUGGACUACGACGACGAGGAAUACGCCGCCGAGCUGGUCACGCCUACGCCCGUGCCGCUGGUUUUCCUCACUGAGCCCACGCCCACCGUUGCUAUGGUAACCUCUGUUGCCACUGCAACCGCCGCCGGUCAAAUGUCCAUGACUCCGCCCCUCAGGACGACAGAGGAUGUCAUCACCCCCGGCGGGAAGGGCCCCACCGCCGACGAACGUUGGUCUCCCUUUCCGCCGACGUCUCCGAAGAUGGCAAAGGCCUCGGGGGGCGAGGUUACCUACGGCAUUGUGGGAUUGGACGGCGAUGGGACGAGGGCCUCGCAGAGCCGCUUUGUGCCCCGGGGUCGCCCCAUCCGGGAGCGGACGCAAAACAAACGCAUCCAGGAGCUUUUGAACGAGAAGCUGCGGUGGCCCGGGCGCCGCCAAAAACAUGGUGCCUUGUAGGACGCGUUUCUGGAGAGUGGGGGACAUUUGCCAUGCUUGUUUCUGUCAGUCCAAUAAAGGCUCAACCCUUCCUGCUCAA